UCUAGAGGAGAGACACCCCUUCCACUGGAGAAGCCAUCAAGACAGGAGCAUCAUCCCAAGGAAAAGGCAUGAGCUCUAAGUGCAACUAUGAAGGCUGAAAAUCAGUCAGAAGGCAAGAAGAUAGAGCAGCCCAGACUGGAGGUAAAGCAGCAGAACAUGAAGGUGGCAACUGAGAUGGAAGAAGAGAAGAAGGAAGAAAGCGAUGGCCUCAUUGAGUUCUUCAGUUCCUACCAGGAGCUUUUCCAAUUUUUUUGCAACAAUACAACCAUCCAUGGUGCCAUCCGGCUGGUUUGUUCUAAGAAAAAUAAGAUGAAGACUGCCUUUUGGUCGGUCCUUUUUUUCCUCACCUUUGGCCUCAUGUAUUGGCAGUUUGGAAUCAUCUAUAGAGAUUACUUCAGCUUUCCAGUCAACCUGAACUUGAACCUGAACUCUGAUAGGCUUACCUUCCCUGCUGUCACACUAUGUACUCUCAAUCCUUAUAGGUAUAGUGCUUUUCGGAAAGAGCUGGAAGAACUGGAUCAAAUGACCCGACGGACUCUUCUGGAGGUAUUCAAAUACAAUAUGUCUUUGGGGCAGAACACCUUGACCAAAUCCUCUAAGAAACGUAGCACUAGGAGCCUAUACCACCAUAUGCAGCGCUACCCACUGCAUCGACGCAAACGUGAUACACAAGCCACCAUGGAGGACAACAAUCCCCAAGUGGGCAAAAGUGAUUGGAAAGUUGGUUUCACCCUGUGUAACGAAAACAAGACAGAUUGUUUCCACCAAAUGUAUUCCUCCGGUGUGGAUGCUGUACGGGAAUGGUACAGUUUUCAUUACAUCAACAUCCUGGCAAAGUUCCCUGACACUAAGGCCCUAGAGGAAUCCAACUUCACUAGCUUCAUCUAUGCCUGCCGAUUCAACGAAUUGACAUGUAACAAAGCGAACUAUACACAUUUCCAUCACCCCAUUUAUGGGAACUGCUACACAUUCAACGACAACAGCAGCACUUUGUGGAUGUCCUCCCUGCCUGGGAUCAAUAAUGGCCUUUCUCUCGUGGUCCGCACACAGCAAAAUGACUUUAUCCCACUACUGUCCACUGUGACGGGAGCCCGAAUAAUGGUCCAUAAUCAGAAUGAACCAGCCUUCAUGGACGAAGGGGGCUUUAAUGUACGUCCUGGCAUAGAAACAUCCAUCAGUAUGAGAAAGGAAACCACCCAGCGCCUUGGGGGCACCUACAGUGGCUGCACAGAAGAUGGAAGUGAUGUGCCAGUGAAGAACCUUUUCUCAUCCCGUUACACUGAGCAGGUCUGCAUACGUUCCUGUUUCCAGAACAGUAUGGUAGAACAAUGUGGCUGUGGCCAUUACUUCUACCCCUUACCCCCUGGAGCAGUGUACUGUGACUACACUAAACAUGUAGCCUGGGGUUAUUGCUAUUAUAAACUCCAGGCUGAAUUUAAAGCAGACCACCUAGGCUGCUUCACUAAAUGCCGGAAACCUUGCAAGGUGACAGAGUACCAGCUGUCAGCUGGAUAUUCACGCUGGCCUUCAGCUGUCUCCGAGGCCUGGGUGUUUCACAUGCUGACCCUGCAGAAUAAAUACGAUGUCAUAUCUAAGAGGAACGGAAUUGCCAAAGUGAAUAUAUUUUUUAAAGAGUGGAAUUAUAAAAGCAACGGAGAAUCUCCAGCUUUUACGGUGGUGACGUUGCUUUCGCAGCUGGGGAACCAGUGGAGUCUUUGGUUUGGUUCAUCAGUCCUUUCUGUGGUAGAACUGGCCGAGUUGAUUUUGGAUUUUUUGGUCCUCACCUGCAUCCUGGUUUUCCGCCGGCUGUGCUUACAUCAAUCUUCUGACCUUCCUACACCCAGUAACUCGGAUAACUCUGUCUUCCACAAUGUAUUUUCAGCCCACAGAAUCCCACAAGAAAUAUCUGCUGAGGCUGGAAUCGCUGCAUUGCCAUCUUACAACAGCUUGGAAGCACUAGACUUACACAGAGUUUCCUUCAGGAGAACAGAAUAAAACCCAGACCAGAAUGAUUU